AUGGCGAACGCUGCCAUCCUUCUCAUCACCGUGCUGGCCACCGCCACCGUCGUCAGCGCAAGCCCAGCGACUCCGGCAAAGAGGAGCCGUUUCCUGCUCGUUGGUGGCACUGUCCACCCUCCUCUUCCAACUUACGACUGCUCCAAGAAGUCAGCCGAAGCAUGCCUCGUGCCGGGGAGCGCCGGGACGACGUGCUGCGGCGGCCAGUGCGUGGACACCGUCGCCAGCGCCGAGCACUGCGGCGGCUGCAACAAGGCGUGCAAGCACGGCCGGACAUGCUGUGGCGGCCACUGCGUGGAUCAGCUUUCCGACAAGAAGAACUGCGGCAGCUGCUCCAACCAGUGCUACAAGAAGUGCAACAAUGGCUUCUGCGACUACGCGGAAUAA